AUGUAUUAUGGUGAUCUUAAGACAGUUAUAGGGCUCUCUGGGCUCAGCCUGCGGGUGGGUCUGCAGCCCUGUGCAGUGGAGAGCACUCGGGGAGAACCCUCCAAUUCCGGCACAGCCAGCGAGGACAGGGCGGCUUCCGUGAUCUGGCCAGGCCCUUUCCUUCUGAGCCACCCUUCUCGCCAUCUGGCCCUAGGCUUCUGUUGCCAGCCCUGGGGUCUCACUGGCUUUGUCCUGCAGAUGCUGAAGAUCCCUGGUGGCCGCCUGGCUCCCAAGCGCCAGGAAAUGCACCACAGAACUCAUAGUGGAGAGAAACCCUACAAAUGUGAAGAAUGUGGCAAAUCCUUUAAACAUUACUCCUUCCUUUCUAAAUACCUAAGAUGGCAUAGCAGUGAGAAAACCUACAAAUGUAAGGAAUAUGAAAAUCUUUUUAAGAAUUUUUCAACCCUAACUCAAAAUCAAAGGAUUCAUACAGGAGAGAAAUUCUACAAAUGUGAAAAAUGUUGCAAAGGUUUUACUCAAAGAACAGGCCUUACUAAACACCAGAAAAUUCAUACUGGAGAGAAGCCCUACAAAUGUAAGGAAUGUAGCCAAGCUUAGUAUAAUUCAUCUUUUACCAAACACCAGAUAAUUCAUACUGGAGAAAAACCCUACAAAUGUGAAGAAUAUGGGAAAGGCUUUAUUCAAAGAGAACACCUCACUCAACACCAGAGAAUUCACACUGGAGAGAAGCCCUACAAAUAUGAAGAAUGUGGUAAAGGUUUUACUCAAAGAACAGCUUCUCAACACCAGGGAAUUCAUGCUGUAGAGAAGCCCUACAAAUGUAAUGAAUGUGGGAGAGCUUUUAGGUAUAAUUCAUGCCUUAUAAAACACCAGAUAAUUCAUACUGGAGAAAAGCCCUACAAAUGUGCAGAAUGUGGGAAAGGGUUUAAUCAAAGAGCACACCUUGCUGGACACAAGAGAAAUCAUAAUGGGGAGAGGAAAUACAAGUGUAAAAACUGUUGCAGACUUGUCAGCAAUCACUCAAACAUUGUUAAUCACUGGAGAAUUCACAGUGGAGAGAAACCCCAAACAAGAAGGGGCUGGGCCCAGUGGUGGACACCUUUAAUUCCAGGAACUUCCAGGAGAAAGGCCUGUAGUGGAUCCCAAGAGGAUCCCAAGAUUGAAAGGCAAGAGGAUCCCAAGAUUGAAGCCACCCUCACUAACUUAGUGAAAUCCCAAGCAACUUAG